AUGUUGUUCGACAUAGCAUAUAUAGUUGCUAUUUCACUGGCAAGCGCUUUGCUUUCAGAGGGCAUUUCAUGGCUACUCAUAUAUAGAACAGACUCUUAUAAGACACUAAAGGCUAACAUCGACAAAAUGCAGUCUCAGCUUGAGAAACUCAAAGAGGAGGAGGCUUCAGAGUCAACCUUAAAGAUCAAGUCUAAAGCAAAGGAUAGAAAGGCCGAGAAGAUUGAGGAGUCUCUCAAGACUGCCAACAGGGAUCUCUCAAUGUCAAACAUGAAGUCAAUGUUUGCCGUCGGUGUGUCAAUGAUUGCAUUGUUCAGUUAUUUGAAUACUGUCUUCGACGGAAAGGUAGUCUGUAAAUUACCCUUUGAGCCCAUUGGAUUCAUUCAGAACAUCAGUCACAGGAACCUGCCUGGCAAUGACCCAACAGACUGUGCUAUGACCUUCCUCUAUGUUCUUUGCUCAAUGUUUGUCAGACCAAAUCUCCAGCUGAUCUUGGGCACCAAGCCACCUGCAGCAAAGUCACAGUCGAAUCCAUUCGCUCAACAAUAA